AUCUCAAAUUGGCAAUACAAGAAGAUUACAAAGGGCAUUAACGUACACACAUAAUACAAUUGCACCUCCUUAACGUAGCUUGUUUGUUUGAUAUAUAAAUAGGAAGUCAGGAAAUGAAGACAAGAUUGAUUUGUAAUCUGAGAAAAUCAUCAAUGAUCAUCAGAAAAUAUUUUUUCAUCUUCUUCAAUCUCAUAUUUGCCGUCGCAAAUGCAGAUUUCAACGUCUCCACCAUUUCUUUCGAUGAAGGUUACAGUCCUCUCUUUGGAGAUUCCAAUCUCGUUCGCUCUCCCAACGCCAGAAGCGUCCGAUUGCUUCUCGAUCGCUUCACCGGCUCGGGUUUUAUUUCAUCGAGAAUGUACAAAUAUGGAUUCUUCAGCGCUAACAUCAAGUUGCCCGGAGAUUAUACAGCCGGUUUAUGUGUUGCCUUCUACACAUCAAAUCAAGAAGUGUUCGAGAAGAAUCACGACGAAUUAGACUUUGAGUUCUUAGGAAACAUACCAGGAAAACCAUGGAGAUUUCAGACAAACUUGUAUGGUAAUGGAAGCACAGGCCAUGGCAGAGAAGAAAGAUAUAGAUUAUGGUUCGAUCCCUCUAAAGAAUUCCAUAGAUACAGCAUUCUCUGGACACACCAUAAAAUUAUAUUUUUUAUCGACGAUGUUCCGAUCCGAGAGGUGAUACGCAAUGAUGCAAUGGGCAGCGAGUAUCCAUCAAAGCCAAUGUCCCUAUAUGCCACAAUAUGGGAUGCCUCAAAUUGGGCAACCUCAGGGGGGAAACACAAAGUGAACUACAAGUAUGCACCAUUUGUGUCCGAGUACAAGGAUCUCGUUCUCGAAGGUUGCCCUGUCGAUCCCAUCCAACAAAUUCCAAUGCCUUCUGGCUGUUACGAGAUCAAUGCUCGAAUGCUAACCGCCGAUUACGCCACCAUCACUCGCAAACAACGUGCGGCAAUGCGGCAAUUUCGUCAACGAUUUAUGUAUUAUUCGUAUUGUUAUGAUAGUUUAAGGUAUUCCGUGCCACUGCCAGAAUGUGUUAUUGAUCAGAAUGAGAAGAAUCGUUACAGAGACACCGGAAGAUUGAAAUUUGGUGGUAGCCAUCAAAGUCGUAAACGUCGCUCAAGGCGGAGGAGCCAAACCCGUGCUGUUUCUAGCAUUGAUGAUCUUAGUAUGUCAUUACUGGUAUGAGCAUGUUUGUAUAUUAUAAAUUUAAAAUAGAGAAAAUUUAGAAAAGUAGAAUAUUAUGUAUUAUUGU